AUGGCAACCCUAAUUACGAGCCUUUCCCUGGCGGCGGCGCUCCUCCUCCUGCUCGCCGCAGUAUCCGAAGCCUCCCUCCGCGCCACCGUGAUCAUCGAUGACGAGGACGUCAACCAGGGCCGCGGCGGGAGAGGCCGAGAACAACCCGGAAGCUGCUGGUCCCAGCUGCAGAGGCAGGGCAACCUGAGGCGGUGCCAGGACUACAUGAUGCAGGAGGCCCAGCGCGGCGGCAGCGGGUGGAGAGGCGGUCGGCGGCGCGUGGACCCGCAGCAGGACCCCUUCACCGCGUGCUGCAGCGCGCUGAGGCAGAUGGACCCGCAGUGCACCUGCAUGGGCAUCGAGGCCGCCGUGGGGCAGAUGAUGACGGAGCGUCGCGGCGAGAUCAGGGGCCCCUCCUCGACGCAGGCGGCCUGGCAGAUCGCUCAGAGCCUUCCCGGGGAGUGCGGCGUGUCUUCGCCUUCAAGGUGCCAGUUCAAGGCCCAGCCCGGCGGCCGCUACUACACCGACUUCUAA